CUGCUUCACAACAACAAAUCCAAACCGUCCAUCAUACAUCAUCAGAUUAACUUCACCAAACACAGCCGUAAGAUCACACGUGUCCCUCAAAAUGAAAACUUCCCUCCAUGCUUACCAUACACCGCCGAAGCAGCAGAUAAUAUCCUCCAAUGUGAUUCUUGACUUCUUUUAGAGAGAGAAUCUAGGUUCAUCAUCUUUUAGAGAGAGAGAGAGAGAGCGUAAGUAAACAAUACAGUGAAUUUCGUGUUUGUAUAAAUUUUCAUCAUUUCGUGUAUCUAUAAUCUCAGAUCAGGUUUCACCAGAGAUAUGGAAAACUACAACUACUCUGCGCAGGAAGUUGCUAACGCUUUUCUGCAACAAUAUUAUCGUAUUAUGCAACGAGCGCCUAAAGAUGGUUUUAACUUUUACAAGGAGCAAAGUAUUCGAUCCCAUCAAUGUGCUGAUGGUUCAAUGAAAACAGCAACAACAUUGCAGGGCAUUAAUGAUGAUAUCAUGGCUUCGAAUAUUAAGCAAUGGAAUCCCGAUCUAACCACUGUGCAUGCUCAAGAUUCAGUAAUGGAAUCAGUGUUUGUAGGAGUAUUGGGAUAUUUGACUGAUAAUGCUGGUGUGGAAAGAAACUUUACUCAAACUUUUGUCUUGGCCCCACAAGAAGGCGGUGGCUUUUACGUGCACAAUGAUUUUCUUCAGUUUUUAGAUGUCAUUAUGAGUUCGAUCGCUUCGCUACCAGCUUGGCAGCAAGCCCCAAACAAGAAAGCCGAGGCAAAAAACGUGUCUUACACAUCACUUUUGACUAAAGAGGGUUCUGGUUCAUCAACUACAACAACAGAAAAUAUAUAUGAUGAUAAGGCGAUUCGGGUCAAGAACCUACCGCCCAACAUGACAUCAGAAUCAUUACUAAAGGUGGUAAAACAAUUCGGACCGGUGAAGCAGAAUGGUAUUCAUAUAAAAGAAUACGCUAAGGACGGAUAUCGUUAUGCUUUUGUCGAGUUUGAUGAUCCCAAAUCUGCCCGCAGUGCAAUAGAGGCUCGCUUCAUCCAUUUUGAGGACAGAUAUUCUGAAAUCCAGUAUAAGAAACUUCCUAAUCAAGGAGGACAUUAUUACAAUGCGAGGCCGUCAUAUGGAUGUGGGGGAUAUAGAAAUAACAAUUUGUGGGGCCGUGAUGGUGAAGGGCGAAGCAAUGGUAGUUGGGGUUAUCAGCAUCAUGGCAAUGAAAACUUUGGUCAAACUCGCGAGUACUACUAUACGUGCUACGGUUACUCUCAAGAUCACUGAUUUUUAUUUGGAGUAUUUCAACUCCCGGUUUUGGGGCGUUUUAAAGCUCACGUGAAGGAGAGAGAGAGGAGAAAGGGAGACCUGUUCGAGGGCGUUUUAGUGGCAACUUGGGCCGCAUUGAUGUGAGCACAUUUUUUUGGAUGCUUCCGUUGGGAUGAUUUCUCCUUUUAGAUUUUUGAAAAUGUAUUGGCAUGAUUUCAUCCGCCUUUCUCAUCUUCCGUCAUUUGUACAUAAUUUAUUAUACUUCAUUAACUUUAAA